UAUUUAAAGAAAAGGUCAUAUCAUAGAUUAUAGGAAUAUUAUAAGUGUUUAUUUGUGCAUUAUAGAUUUCUUUCAACAGUUGUCCACAAUAAAACAUUUAGAGAGCAAAUUCAGUGAAAACGGAUCAAUGAUAUAACGGAGAUGACACACACAUUGGCUGGUUUUUUAAAUGUCUGUAAUCUGAAUACUGAUUGACCUCGUAUGAAAACAAAAUCAGGUUGUAAAAACCUUGAAACACCGUUACUUUGAAAAAAUUCAACUUCCUGGUUUGUGUGAUUUGAUUCAGGGUAGAAAUGAAAGGUCCAUUUUGUGUGAUUGUGAUCGGUAUGUUUUUUGUGACAACAAAUGGACAAUGCCCAGUUGAUGUUGGAAACAGGCCACUACUAUCAAGCUGUGAAGGAAUGAUGAAACACGGACCAACUGUCUUUGUGGAUUUCUUUAAAAUCAGUCGUCCUUGUUCUUGCACUGUGACCCCGUCGUUUGAUGGUUAUCUGCUUGUGAUUUCCAGAAAAGCACAAGCAGAAUAUGCAUGUAACACAGAAGUACUUGUUCAAAAUACGUCGAUAAUUGGUUGUCCAACGGAUGUUAUUUCAUUUCUGUUAUUAAAUGUCACAAUCAAUCAAACAGUGAAAGUACGAGCAAGAUACGUAUCUUCAUCUACAUCAGGAACGUUCCAACAUUGUAUUGAAUUUCAACAAAAUGGUGGAAUCCCUGGGAAUUUAAAAGUCAUAUGUGGAUCUCAAUCAGAAACAACAGUAACAACAACAAUUGUAUCAUCAACACCCAUUUUUACAUCACCAAUAGAAUCUACAUCAGUAGCAGUCAACAACAAAAAGACUGAUGUCACCAGGUCUUCAAACACGGAUAUAAUCGCCGGCUCUGCUGCUGGAGGCGCAAUAAUACUUGUUGGGCUUGUUCUUCUUAUUUUAAUAUUAAUGAAGAGAUCAAGGAGUGCAAAACACAAAGAAAGAUCUUCGGAAGGAGACAAAGUGCAUAAAAAUGAAAUCUUCGAUAGCAGCCCUGAAUUGCCCGACAACCCAUUAUAUUUUUCUUCACAAUCUUUGGACGAAUUAGGGUACAGUUCGGAUCAGGAAAAGCAACUUGGCUUACCACCGACGGAUUCAAAAACGAAGGAAAAAAUUAACUCGAACUCUGACGUUCCUGCUAACAAUAAACCCCUAGAUCAAGGUGCGUCUUCUAUGCCGGUCUAUGCCGUUUCUAAAAAGAGUAAGAACCGUGCAUCUGAGGUUAGAUCAGGCGAUGUUUAUGCGGAGGUAUGUAAACCAAACAGAGGCACGGCGCAGUUUCCGGUAUGAAAACCAAUGACAGAAAUUAAAUAACUGAAGAUGUCUGUUAUGCCGAGAUUAAGCGUACUUAAUAAGGAAAGUACAUUUUAUGACAUUGUUUAUUUAAUGUAGUUUUACGUCUCUCUUUCCUACUCUUUUUAUAAAUACAGCUCUACUUUCUCUAGUUCAAACAAUUAUAUUUAUUUACCAUGAGUUGUAAUAUUUAUUGGUGUUUUCUAACACAAAACUGAAAUAAGAAAUGCAUUACAGGUUAAUUUAUAGAACUAAUUUUUUUUGUA